GCGGCCGUCCGGUGAACUUAGUGCACAUCUAGCUUCCACCUCUGGCGCUUGGAGACAGGGUCGUCGCGUCGUCAACCCGGUGUGGAGAUGGAGUCCGCGAAGACGGAGAUCAGGUCAGGCCAAUCCAUCUGCUUGUGUUCUUCGUCUUCCCCAUCUAGUUCAUGGUUACCCAAGGGAUUUACGUGUCGUUCCUUCUGAUUCCACAGUUUGUUGGUGCGUGGUUCUGGAUCUGGGCCAUCCAAUGACUCGACUGAGCCGCCAAUCUCACCAGAUUCGCCGGGGUUUUCAAGGCAUCCGGGAGCCAUGGGCACAGUGCGAGAGGUCGUGGAAGAUGACCCGAGCGGCUGAUUCGCCGAUUUAUUGGAUACAGUCGAAGGUGUUGUACCAGAUGGCAGUUAUUCAGAUGAGAAAAAGUCCAGCAGGGCGGAAAACAUAUAUGUAGCGAUGGACGACAGAGUUGGCUGGGUUAGCAGGAAACGGAGGGAUGUCAUGCCAGACGAAAGAUCAACAAGUGCAGACAGGGUCACCGCGCUGGAAAAAGCGCUAACCGGGUUUGCAGAUAGGCAUUCAGAAACUGUGGUGACCCCGUCAGUUGUGCUGACAUUUGAUUCAAUAAACGAGGCGUAUGAGUUCUACAACCUGUACUCUUGGGAAACUGGAUUUGGGGUUCGGUAUGCAAAGAGCAGGUCUAAUGUAAAAGGAACGAAAUGCAUGCAGGAGUUCGUAUGCUGCUGCUCGGUGUGUUUUAGCUCCCCCCAUCUGCAAAUCUUGAUCAGUUAACAAAUUUGUAACUGCAUGUUUUACUGCAUUUUUGGGUUGCUUAUGUAUUGCAGGGCAAACCAAAAGCAAUCUGGCGUUCCCGGACUUAAGA